AAGCCACACCACUCCAGUCCUCCUACUAGCUCUCAUCCCUUGGAAUUCUUCUUCUCCUACCUCCAUCUGGCUGCUCCAUGAAAAACAAAACACUCACUCCAGCUAGCUAGCAGCUGCCUUCUUGUGUUCAUAAACCCUCACUCCUCCUCACCCAUCUCCCCCUCCGUCCUUCUGGUUGCAUUUCGACCAUCGGUCGAGAUGGAGAUGCAGGCGAAGGCAGCGAGGGGCGGGAAGAGGAGCAGGACGAGCGGCGGCACGACCACGACGAGGGUGGUGGAGAGGAAGGAGGCGGAGAGGGAGAGGAGGCAGCACAUGAAGGCGCUCUGCGCCAAGCUCACCUCCCUCAUCCCAAAAGAGCACUUCUCCAACCCUGAUACGAUGACCCGGCUAGGCAGCCUGGAUGAGGCUGCGUCAUACAUCAAGAAGCUCAAAGAGAGGGUGGACGAGCUGCAACAUAGGAGGAACUCUGCACAAGCAAUGGCUGCCGCAAGAGGGGCUAGUGGUGCCUCAACGCCCACCACCACCCCUACCACGAGUGGUGGUGCGGGGUCACCAGAAGGAGAGAAACAUUGGGAGGCAUUGGCACCGGUGGUGGAGGUGCAACAACACGAUGAUACAAGCAUGGAUGUGGUGCUGGUAUGCAGCACAGAGAGGCCGAUCAUGCUCCACCAGGUGAUCACCAUCCUCGAGGAAGAAGGCGCCGAGGUCGUCAAUGCCAAUCACUCCGUUGUUGGCCACAAAAUCUUCUACACCAUACACUCCAGGGUAUGUACAUAUAUAGGCCUUCAGCUCGAGAAUUGGCAUAGAUGUUUCAAGUGUUUCCGAAAGACUGAGAGCAUUGGUAUGAUAGUAAAUUUGUUUGUAUAAAAUAUAUAUCCCAUAACUAUAUAUAAAGAGAAAAUCCCGCAUAUGGUACAUAUGUCUAGUUAUUAGCUAGAAGAACGGGAUGGGAACACCCUUCAGUAGCUAUAUAACAUCUUCUUCAUGUUGUUUUCACAACAUGAUCAAUGUAUGGAAAAGGAUGUUGACUGAUCUGUGAUUUUUCACUGACUUCUGGGCUGUCACGGCUUGUUGUUGGUUGCUGGAGUAUUUUCAGAAUAAGCUUAUAUUCAUGUAUUGCUCGAUAUUCUGGCUAUGUGAUUGCAUGGUGCAGAUGCUCAAUAUUAUCCCCAACUUUCUCGAAUGUAA